AUGCCAAAUCUAACCAAAUUUCAAGAAUCCUGGUUACGUAAAACCGAUAGUGCUGGGAACCAAGUGAAGCAAUGGUGUCGUGCAGACAACACUUCACCUCAUAAAGCCUUUUGCAUGUUGUGCUGCAAGUCAAUACAGUGCAGUAAUUCAGGAUUUAAACAACUCCUUCAUCAUGCUGAAGGAAAAAGGCAUUCUGAUUUAGCAGUUGCACGAUUUGGAAAAACCCAAAAACACCUGGAAAAAGGAGCGACAUCUACCAGACCAUCGAGUAGCAGUCCACCUUUACACAAUGAAGCAUCUACAUCAAGUACAUCAGCAUCUACAUCAAGUACAUCAGCACCUACAUCAAGUACAUCAUAUGUGAUACAAAGUCCUAGUCUUCAGGAGAAAAUUGCCUCUGCAGAAAUUCUGUGGGCCCUAAAAGUUGCUCAGAGUAACUAUAGCUAUUCAUCAUGUGAUGCAACACCUGCUCUUUUCAAGAGAAUGUUCCCUGGUGAUGUUGCUGAACAUUUUUCAAUGAGCAAAUCCAAAGUAUCGUAUCUUCUUUCGGAUGGCUUGGGACCGCAUUUCAGGCGAGAGAUGUGUGCUUCAAUCUGCGAAACAAAGAGUGUGUUUACGUUGCAAUAUGACGAAACCGCGAAUACACAGAACCGCAAGCAGUGUGAUUUGCUUCUGCGAUACUGGUCUGAAGCUGCUGGUGAAAUUCGUGUGCAGUUCUUGAAGGCACUGAUGUUUGGACAUGCCAAAGGGAAAGAUGUUUCCUUGGCUAUAUUGGAGACAUUGCAGGAGGAAGGCUAUCAGUUGCCAUUAGCACAGCUGAUUAGCCUAGGAUCGGAUGGCCCUAAUGUUAAUAAAACAAUUUGGAAUUUGAUCAAUGAACACAUGAAGACCAAUGGCCUGCAUGGAAUUCUCCCUUUUAUUCCGUGUAACUUGCACAUCGUUCACAAUGCAUUCAGACAAGGUCUGAAUAUAUUUGGAGAACAAGCGGAACAGCUUGUUCUAGAUCUUUUCUUUUUCUUGAAGGCAUCGCCAUGUCGGAAAGAAGAUUUUUUCGAAACACAGCUUGGCCUUGGUUUAGAUAGUGGAUUGUUUAUCAAACAUGUCCAGAGUCGUUGGCUUACGCUUAUUCCCGCGGUUAAAAGAGUUCUGAUCUGCUGGGAUGCUGUCGAGAAAUAUUUUCUAAUCGAAUUGCCAAGAAUUAUGGCAAAAGAGAAGAAAGAAGCGUCACUGAAAAAUAACGAACGAUACAAGAGAAUCUGUCAGAAGAUUAAAAAUCCAGAGAUCUUUGUACAGUUGCACUUUCUUCAAAAUUUAGAAUCAGUAUUCCAUCCUUUCCUUGCCUUUUUCCAGAAGGAGGAACCACUUAUCCACAUCCUGUACCACAAGCUGUCGGAGCUUUUGCGCACCAUCAUGUUUCGUUUCCUUAAGCCUGGUGUUGUUGGAGAGAAUACAGGGAAAAAUCUUAAGGCGGUGGAGUUGAGCAAACCUGAGAACCAGCUGAGCGAUCAGUUAAUUGAAGUUGGUGAAACCACUCGCAAGAAGGCGUUGAAGAAGCUAAAGCCUGGCCAAGAAAAAGGGCUACUUCUUGAUGUCAGAAUGUUCUAUCAGACCACCACAAAGUAUUUAAUGGAUCGUCUUCCUAUUGGUAGAGGAAUUGUAAAAGAUCUCUCUUGUUUGAAUCCACUUCUGCAAAAAGAGUCCCAAGGAAUGCAGGCAGUGCAACGAACCGCAAGAAAACUUCCUCAAAUCAUCACAGAGGAGGAGUUGCCUUUGCUCACUGACGAAUGGAGAGUGUACCAGGCGCAGGAUAUACCUGAAAACUGGUAUAUAUCAGGACGCAAAGAGGAUGGAACAACGGAGUACGAGAGAGUAGACCACUAUUGGCAGAAAGUUCUUGACCAAAAGAACGUUACAGGAUCACCGCGCUACAAAAUUCUUGCGAAGCUAGUGAAGGCAGGUUUGUGUCUUGCCCAUGGUAACGCAGAGGUUGAGAGGAGCCUAUCUGAGAACAAGAAGGUGGUAACUAAUGAGCGCACCCUCCUUUCCGAUGCAUCCAUCAACGCACUACGAAGUACGAAAGAUGCCAUCAGAGUGACAGCGUCUGGCCAAGCCCACAUGAUGCCUAUCACCCCUGCCUUGAUCCAAGCACGCCGAAAUGCUAAUAGUGUUUACACUGCACGUCUAGCGGAAGACAAAAAGUCGUCAGAUAUAGAGAAGAAGUUGAAAGACAAAAGGACAGCAGAGAAAGAGGAAAUGCAGAAUAUUGCAAAAUUGCUGGAGGUAAGGGAAAAGUGGCAACGACUUUUCUGCAUUUUAAUAAAGUAAAAGUGAGGUCUAUUCAUAAUUUCAUAUUGUUGUGUUUAAUCAGUUUAUCACGAAUAUUAACCACAAAAUAUUUUAAGGCAAAAAAGAAGACCCUUGAAGAGAAAGACAGCAGCAUUGCGCAGGAGCAGUUGCGGCAAGAAGAAGAGCUACGAAAUGCAGAAUCCCUCUACUCUGAAGCAAGCAACAGGCUACAAAAUGCCAUCAAAGAAAGAGACAUGAAUGAAAUGUCGGUAGUUCAAGGCCUCAUGGACGUCGCCAGUAAAAAGAUGGAAUCAGCCAGAAGGAAAUUGGAAGACUGUCGAAAGAACCAGAUUACGAUUGGUAGUAAGAGAAAGAGAGUAGUUGAGAAAUAUUCAUCUACCCUCACGAAACUUGUAAAUAACACUAAGUAA